UUUAAUCCGCUAGCAUAAUUUUAUGCGUCGUAUUUAUUUAAAACUCUAGAAGCGAGUGUAUUUUGUUAAACUUUCCUCAGUUUAAAAACACUCAAAAUCAUUUUAAAUACUUGAAAAUGGAUUUGUGCAUAAAAAGAAGAUCCUAUGAUAUCGACAGCCUAAUUGGUUCAGAAACAGAGAAAAAAGAAGAUAUUCAUCAACCGGGUGUUGACAGAGUCAUGACCUCAUCACCAGAUUCCAACCAUUCAGAAAAUAUUUCCUUACUGUCACCAGAAAACAUAUGUCGUUAUGAAUCUCCUGACCAACCGAAUCAGAAUGAAUCUCAAAGAACAGUGAAAGAAGAAACCUCCCAAGAAACAGUCUCUCUAUUUCACAGAGUUGACAAUUUCCAUGAUAACAGUACUUAUUCUAGUGACAUUUCACAUAUUAACGAACCCUUUACUUUCGGCGAGGGCUGUGACAGAGACAUAGGAGAAAGAUUUAGUGAUCGAUAUGACGACAGGGAUAUGGAUGAAUAUGGGAAAAGGAAACAGAGACGAUAUCGAACUACCUUCACAAGUUUCCAACUGGAAGAACUUGAGAGAGCUUUCCAAAAAACACACUACCCAGAUGUUUUCAUGAGAGAAGAACUGGCGAUGCGGAUAGAUUUGACUGAAGCUAGGGUUCAGGUUUGGUUUCAAAAUAGACGGGCAAAAUGGAGAAAGAAGGAAAAAGUUGGCCCACAUGGCCAUCCAUUUAACAAUUUUGGAAGUUUCCCAUCCACGUCAUUACAAUUUUCUUCUCGAGGACUCAUGGUUCCUCCUCCUCCAUCGCAAUCUUACACCGAGAUUCUACUGAAAGCUUACGAAAACCAUCUGCACCAAACAAGACAGGACAGACUAGUUCCCCAUUUUAAUGGUGUUUACAAUCCAAGCGCAAUAUUAUCGCCUACACUUUACAAUGCGUCGGUUCCGCUUUUCUCAAAACCCCUGACAACAGUGCCAUCUAUGUCAUUCCAAAACUUAUUGGCUCAAAUGACAACAAAGAGAACAAAUAUGGAACCUGUCUCCAAUCCAAAACCAGACAAAGUUGUUUCUGAGAUAGACCAAUGUGCUUCAAGUAUCGUUGAGCUCCGAAAACGUGCGAGAGUGCACGAAGACAGAAUCUGCACUGACAUUUAAAAAUUGUUUACAUAUAGUGCUGUUUUAAAUUGAAAAUCUACAUUAGGACCAGGAGCCGAUUAUAAUUCGAAACUUGACACUGUCGAAUUUUUUUUUAUUGUUCCAGUAACUUUUUAAUGAUUUUUUAAUUAUGUGCAAACAUCAGAAAGUGCUGAUAUACAUUUUUCCUGUUCAUGUCGUAGAAAGUAAUUGUAGAAUUUCAAUGAUUUAAAAUAAUCUAUCGAUGCAAAGUU